AUGAUCUCUGCCUCAUCGGUACGACUCGUGAUGACGGCCUUAAUGGCUUUCAUGAUGGCAAUGACCACUGCUCGGCAUCUUCAGAGCACUAAACAUCACGCUCGAAGCACUAUCCUGUCCCCUGCCGCCGACCCAUUCUAUAAUCCUCCAGUAGGAUACGAGUCAGAGGUGCCAGGAACCAUCUUGCGCCAGCGUAAUAUCUCUGCUGCUGUUUUCGGAAUUAUCAAGGAUCCAGUGAAAGUCUAUCAGCUGCUUUACCGCACAACAGCCGUAAAUGGUUCGGCGAUCACUACCGUGACCACUGUCUUCAAGCCCUCUUAUGGCAAGAAGGAUAGAUUCAUCUCGUUCCAAACGGCCUAUGAUAGCUUGUAUUCCGCGUGCGAACCCAGCUACAACUACCAGUUUGGUGCCAACGAGACAGAACUCAUCUCGGCCGCAGAGACUUUGAUCCUGCAGGCGUAUCUGUUGCUCGGAUACACUGUUGCUUCAUCCGACUACGAAGGGCAAGAGGCAGCAUUUGGCGCUGGUCGCCUUGCUGGCAUGGCCGUUCUGGAUAACAUGCGUGCUGUAUCGGCUUUUAAACCUUUGGGAUUCACCACUGACACUCCUAAGAUCGUCGGUAUUGGUUAUUCGGGCGGUGCUAUUGCUGCAAGCUGGGGAGCUGCUCUUCAGCCCACCUAUGCUCCUGAGCUUGAUAUCAAGGGUUGGGUUUCAGGUGGCACCCCUGCCAACCUCACGGCCACUAUGCUCUCCUUCAACGAUGGCGAGUAUGGCGGCUUCAUCCCCAUCGCUCUUGCCGGCAUGUCGCAGCCUUCCGCAUAUGGUGCGACAUUAGCUCCCCUGCUUGACCAGAUCUUAACAUCGGACGGUCGGACCAAGAUUGAGUAUGCCAAAACCCACUGUGCCGCUGAUAAUAUCGGCAACCUUUUCUUCCAGUCCAUGCUCUCCACUGACUUUCAGACCCUUGGAGAAGCAUUCCUUACCAACACCGUUUUCACGGACAUCAUGGAAGAUUGCUUGUUGGUCGGCAACAAGACUGAGACUCCUACUUCACCUAUGUUGAUUUACCACUCCGCGGUAGAUGAGAUCAUCCCCUAUGCUCCUGCGAAGGUCCUCGCCGAUACCUGGUGUGAUAACGGCGCAGGGAUUGAGUUCAUCACCUUUGCAAAUGGAGGUCACAUUACCACCGAUGUGAUUGGAUUGCCAUAUGCUAUUGAAUUUACGGCGUCAGCUUUCGAAGGAAACCUGACUAAGGGAUGCACACGAAAGACGCAGCUCGAGAGUGUCCUCAACCCCAUCUCGCUCGCGACCAACCUCGAGCCGCUCGGCACUGAUUUGAUUUCAAUUAUUGUGGAUCUUGGCAAGGGUGAUUCGAACCUGAAGAAUAAUGUGGCUGCUCUGAAACAACUUGUGCAUAUUUAG